AACUCCUAUUUCUUACUCCUUUUUCUUACGAUGGAGGUUUUAGGAGAAAUUAGUAACUUUUGUCGCUUUUGCCUGAGCCAGGAUUGCGAAUUACUUAUUCCACUAUCCAGAGCCAUCGAAAACCAUUCCAUCUCCAUCCAAGACAUACAGCAAACGACCGGGAUUUCGAUUCUUGAGAGCGAAAUCUCUUACCUUACCGUCUGUACAAAAUGCAGUAAGCGCAUUGAACUCGUGGUGGAUUUUCGUCGUUGCUGCAAAAAUGGAAAUAUUCUGUUUAUGCAGAUCUUCGGUCAUAUCAUCGACAAGCUUCGUUCAUCCGACAUUGCGGAAGAGAAUUUGGAGCACGCAGAAUACAGGAAGGACGACCCAUUAAAGAUGGAAUUGAUUCUACAAAACGAACUGAACAAUGAAAAUACCUUGAAAGCGCACGAUGAGCCGACAUUUCCGAUGGAAGAGUCGCAAGAGUUCGAUGAACGAACAUCCAACGGACAGGAGGAUUGUGAAGACAAACACUGUUGUCCCGCAGAUCUUCCAUCAGUACACACCAACACGUUAAGACUAAUAAGAAAAACCUCGAAUACGGAAAUGUCUGUUGUCGCAACGAAUCCAAAACAGGCAAAAUCAAAAGAACGGUUUGAGGACAGCGAAGAAGAUAAAGCAAACGAUCCAAACAAAACAAGUAGAUCCGAUAGAUGCAGAAAACGAUUAUGCGGUAUUUGCGGUGUACUAGUAUACAAUCUGGUCGAUCACACCCGAUCCCAUACUAAGGAAAAUCUCCUUAAGUGCCCGCACUGUCCCGUACAGAUGGCUAAUGCUACUAAUCUGUUAAGGCAUGUGAAUACGGCACACGUAAAAAAAAUUAUCAAAUCUUGUGAACCGUGUGACAAAGGGUUCACCUCAAUCAACGCCUACAAUGCGCAUAUGCAAUUUCAUCACAAAGGUAAGCAAUACCAGUGUGAAAUCUGUCUCAAAAUGUUCAACCAUGCUUCGAGCCGCCGCAUUCAUAUCAAGCGACAACAUUUUGUUGAAUGGAAGUAUGAAUGCCAGAUUUGCCAGAGAAAGUUCAAAGACAAGGGUUCUUUACGAGGACAUGCAACAGUGCACUCUACCAACGCUCCCUUCGCAUGUAGCCACUGUCCAAAGCGAUUCAAGUCUUCUACUGCGAAAAAAACGCAUGAAAUAACUCACAGUGGUAUCGAUUUCCCGUGUACACUCUGCACUAAGGUAUACCGGUACAAAAGUUUACUCAGCAUGCAUUACCGGAAAUGCCAUCCAGAGGAGUGCAAAGGCUUACCAGCAUAACAAAAAGUCCCACAUGGCAGUCAAUAAUCAUGUAAUGACUGAUAUAUUUUCCCUAAUCACACAAGGUAUCGAACGCAGUCGCGAUCCAAAAAAUUUACUUGUGGCGACCGAUUCAACAGCGUUCAACCACAGCUACUAGAGCCCAGAGACUCAAGUUUCACGUUCUACAUCGAAUAAAAUCGGAAGUGUAUCAAACGUGUAUAAAACGCUCUUAUAUGUA